CAUCUUGCUCCAGAAACAUCUCUGGCGAAGCCAAGGUGCCUGGACGUGAUAUCGUCGUGCAUGGAACGAAGGACAGCAUGCAGGGCGCAGGUUUUCGGGCACAACUAGAAGUAAUGGAGGACCAUCAGCUGAUACGCAGGUAACAAAACGGCGCCUUGUCACGGAUGCAACAAGUGAUCUGAUCGGCGACUCAUAUGGUUCCACAGAAUGGGAAGCGGCUCAGGGGCAAUUCAGCCAUCCACAAGACCCCUGUACGAGCCAGACGUGCCCUUCGAGAAGGCCACUUUCGGCAUGGGUUGCUUCUGGCAAUCCGAGUCCUUGUACGGUUGCGUCAAGGGAGUGCUGCGGACCACCGCUGGCUACGCCGGAGGCACCACGAAGGAUCCCACCUAUCGCUCGCUGAGUCCCCAGGAAGAUGAGGCCGACGGGUCCGACUACACCGAAGUGGUGCGCAUUGAGUUCGAUCCCAGGGAGACGAGCUUCAAGGAGCUGCUCAAGCUCUUCUGGCCGAACCACGAUCCGACCCGUGAACACACCAGCAGGGAGUACAUGUCCGUCAUCUUCUACCAUAGCGACGCCCAGGAGAACGAGGCAAAGCGGUCGCUGGAGGAGAUCCGAAAGAACUACCGCGCACCCGUAGUCACCAAGAUCCUCAAACUGGAACAGUACCACCUGGCUGAAUUGCACCACCAGAAGUACCGGCUGCAGCGGCAAACCGCACUGUACAAGAGCCUAAUCCAGUCCGGCAUGAAGGACGUGACCCGGAGCCACGUGGCGACGCGACUCAACGGCUACGUGGCCGGCUUUGGCACCGUGGCCGCCUUCGACGCUGAAUGCAACCAGCUGGGCCUCUCCGCCGACCAGGCCAACGCCGUUCGUGCUCUGAUCCGCAAGGGCAGAGCUCGCUGAGCGCUCUGCGAAGCCUCCACUGCAGCUGCGACUGUACGAGGACGGUGCCCGCAGCUCUGCUCGCCACGAGACGUCCGAACACUUGAUAGAAAACGCCCGUCGACCAUGUCUCAAAUAAAUCGUCUCCAAGCAGAUUAUAUAUAUAUAUAAUAGUAGUAACUGCAUCUUUCAAUGGGCCAAACGAAUUUAGAAUGAUGCGAAGCACAAUUUCGCGGACAUCUUUGGUUUAUUUACCCAACAGUUUACGCAAAAAAGAAAAAAAAAACGAAAAGAGAAAUAUAGAAAUAAAAAGAAAGAAAAGAAAAAAAAAGUAAGAGGCCUGAGGGAGAGAGCCUAGGGCCAAAGAGAUUACCCGUUGGUAACGGGGUUAUUCGCGGCGCAUUCGUCAGCCCCCUCGUCAGUGGCAGUGUACAGGUCGUUGACAGGGUCCCCGUUACGCGUGCUUUUACAUGAUCGACGAACACGCAAACCAUUUUGUGGUGUCCUGAUCAAACUGAGUAGAAUGUGAUACUGAAAAAAAAUUUUGACCUCACGUGAUCGAUAGGCACUGCGCAACACAUCUGCGCACAGCAUCAUUGGAUUUUCACUGCUUUUAAUUUUGCGAGCGAUGGAACCUUCAAAAAGAGAGAGAGAGACCCAAUUCACCAAGCAAGCAACAUAGCUGAACAGCACAGCAUUAUCAAUGUUACACUUCAGCGUAAGCACUCAAUAUGAACACUGCUUGCUUGAGUACACAUGCUGUUGCUAACUGUUGGUAUGCUGCAUGCAAAACUGCACACGUGGUCAAAUUGGCAAUCAGAGGGCAUGAAUAAAGUUCCUCUAAAUAAUGAAGCAGAACAGUUAUCUUCAGUUACAAGAUCUGUAAACAGCAAUUAAAAAAAUUACAUUCAACUACAUCAUUUAUACAAGCCUUCUUGCUUGUGUGGUGGCAGUGGCGAUGUUUGCUUGGAAUACCCCUAAAAUUCUCACAAAAUUUUUUCCCAAAGAAACCUAAAGAUAGAAAGAAAAAAAUUCUUCAUCCUGUGCUCUACCACAGGCCACACGCUUCUUGAAGCAUUUUACCAACUCAUAUGUGCCAUUUUUAAGGCAACGAUAAUUACAUAAAGCAGCAAUUUUUGUAGGUGGGGCAUACUAAAAUGUCGGAGCUGCACAAAGUGCCAUUCUUGCCCCCCAAAUUUAGAGGGCUACAUUCAAGGCGAAACUGGAACUUCCCAAGGCUUUCAUUGGUACACAUUGGAAAGGGUCCAAACACUGAAAUGGUUCAGCCAACUGCUGUGCUACAUGUCACAGGUCCGCGCUUGCUAUCGUGCACGACUACUUUCAGUGGCAAUGUUUGCAGGGCAGCGAAUCUCUGGGGAGAGCUGAUCAGCGGUGAACAACCAGUUUUUGGACAUUGGGCAGGGAGUGGACGUUGCCGAGUGUCGGACACGAAAGUUCCGUCACUUUUUCACUUCAUGGAGGUCGGUCUUCAGUCUACUAUUUAAAGCUUUUUUUUUUUUUUAUGCAAGCUUGAUGCAUCAGAAUGUAGCAGCCAUGGUGAUCUAGCAAAAAGAACAGAAUAACUUGAGUGCCCCAACUUUUGCAGAGCAUAAAGCCUGGAGUAAAUUUAUUAAAAAAUAUGUACUAAUUCAAUACAGCACAGAAAAUAAGCAACUACUAAAAGGCCUGUAUCUCCAGAAAAAGAACAAAACAUUUGUUUGUCAUGCAGAAAUAAAACACUUUUAAAAAGCUCUAAAUAAAUUUAUAGCUUGAACCUCUACUACACGUGACCUGGGUAACCAUGUGCAUUAUGAAAUGGUGAUGGAAGAGUCGCUUGUGGACAGGUAUGUCAAUCUUUCCUGGACAAUAA